UUAAACCAGAUCUUCCUGCACAAUUUCAAACUUUCGGAAUUGAAGUUGCUAGAGAAACCCAACAAAUCUUCCUGCAAAACCUCAAACUUUCGGACUUGAAGUUGCUAGCGAAACUCAAGAGAGAGAUGGGUUCCGACUACGUUCAAAAACCCCAUGCUGUGUGCGUACCCUUCCCUGCGCAAGGGCACAUAACCCCUAUGAUGCAGCUGGCCAAGCUCCUCCAUGCCAGAGGCUUCCACAUAACUUUUGUCAACAAUGAAUACAAUCACAAGAGGCUCCUCAAAUCAAGAGGAUCCGACCCGUCGAUGGGCGUCCAAGGCUUCGUCUUCGAGUCAAUCCCUGAUGGCGUCCCACCCAUUGAAAUCGAGGCCACGCAGAGUAUCCCUGAGCUUUGCUACUACACCAGGUUCAGCUGCCUUGAUCCUUUUAGGGAGCUUGUGGCGAGGCUCAACAGUUCUGAAGAUUUGCCGCCUGUGAGCUGCGUGAUUUCGGAUGGCGUCAUGAAUUUUACACAGACGUUAGCCGAUGAGCUUGGGAUCCCAAGGGUUGCAUUUUGGACGACGAGUGCCUGUGGAUUAUGGGCUUACCUUCAGUACCCUGAGCUCAUAGAGAGAGGGUACACGCCUUUAAAAGAUGCUAGCCAACUAACCAACGGCUACCUAGAGACGCCCCUCAAUUGGAUCCAAUCAAUGCCGUCCAUACGGCUCCGGGACAUGCCGAGCUUCCUCCGAACCACAGACACAGAUGAUAUCAUGCUCAAUUUCGUGAAUGAGGAGCCCCUCAUCGCCAUCAAAUCCACCGCAGUCAUCCUCAAUACUUUCGACUCCCUCGAGCAGCCUGUGCUUGACACCAUGCGCGCGAAGGUCCCCACCUUGUACACAGUUGGACAACUGAGCAUGCUAUGUAAGCGAGCCAUCACCGACUCCAAAUUGAGCUCGAUAGACUCGAGUCUAUGGACCCCUGACGCUAGCGUGCUCGAUUGGCUCGACAACAAACCGGCAGGAUCUGUGGUCUAUGUGAACUUCGGCAGCAUCACGAUAGUAACCCCACAGCAGCUGGAGGAAUUUGCGUGGGGGCUCGCCAACAGUGGCCUCCCCUUCGUUUGGAUCAUUCGGCCUGACCUAGUUCGUGGCGAGGGCGCCAUGAUCCCCGAAGCGUUUGUCGAGGAUACCAAGGAGAGGAGCCUUCUAGCAAGCUGGUGUGACCAAGAGCGAGUUCUCCAGCACCCAGCUGUGGGUGGUUUCCUAACGCACAGUGGCUGGAACUCGACUAUUGAGAGCCUCAGCGGUGGGGUCCCGAUGAUAUGUUGGCCAUUCUUCGCAGAGCAGCAGACUAACUGUUUCUUUGCUUGCACGGAAUGGGGAGUGGGAAUGGAGAUCGAUAACAAUGUGAAGAGAGAGGAAGUGGAGGCGCAGGUGAGAGAGUUGAUGAAGGGAGAGAAAGGGAAGGAGAUGAGAGAGAAGGCCAUGAAGUGGAAGGAGGAAUCUGAGAAGGCAAUCCAAUGUGGAGGCUCUUCUCUAACCAAUUUGGACGCCCUAGUAAAUGAUGUGCUAUUCAAGAAAUCUCGGGCUUAGUUUUAUUAUUUAUUUAUUUAUUGUAAGACAGGCCCUACCAUUUUUUAUAUAUUUUUUUUGGUUUUCUAUUUUUAUAUUAGAUUUUUGUUGACACCAAAUAUCUUCUUAUUGUACUUCCUCUGUUUUUAUUUUACUGUUAUCUUGUAAAGUUCUAUUUAUUAUUGGGUGAAUAAAAUAAUUUUGCACGAUUGAA